AUGGAGGUCCCCAUCGCGCAGCAACGCGAGCCCGACAACAUCAACCCUCCUCCACAAGGUAUGGAGCAAGGCAUACUGGCAAUGACGCAGCGCGCGUUCCAGGCCGUGCCAGAACUCAUCGGUUACCCUCUGACACGCGUUGGAGCAGCAGUUCGAAGAAUGGUUCCGAAGCAACAUAUUGCGACACCACAGCCUGCCAGCACCACAACACCCUGUCCAUCCCUGCCUGCAAUCAAGACAGUUUCUGGCACUCUCACAGCUGAGCUGCAAGCACUGCGGCUUAUUGACCUCGCCGAGUCCCUCAUGCCUGCCAACCAAGUCAACAACAAGCACAAUGGCCUAGCAACGUACGAAGGCAUCUUGAAGAGUCUGCAGUCGUCCUUGAGGGAGUUCGACACCACACAAAACAAGUACCAAAGCACAACAUCACCAUCAAAAUGUCUGGCACAGUGGGAGCAGUCUCGACCACUGCUUCCUCUAGAAAUCAUUGGCGUGGACUUUCCCAUAGCACCAACAAGCAGACAAGUCGUCGAUACUCAGACACUGGCACUUGUCCAUACCCGCACUGUGUCAUCUUUUGAAUCAGUCAAUAGCAAUACUGUGUUCAUCGGUCCUCUCCCUCCUUUUGCCAAUGAAGCUUCAUCAUCCACACAAAAUGCAAGAGCCUUGCCAAGACUCCCUGCCCUCGGAGCCUUGCGUCUGGCUUCUGACUUGACCUACCACGCCCUCAUACCAGUCCGUGCUCCAUGCAUGGUACUGAUCACCUCCACAGAUGCCAACGACUCGAAGCUCUUGGUCUUCCCCGGUGUGAAUGCACCAAAAUACACUCCGGCACCACUCGCUGGCAGCAAGCGCCGUAUCGACCAGGUCGACAAGCCAGCAGUCAAGGUCGAUCGCAAGAGACACAUCCUUGAACACACCAAGUCCAAGGUCCGCCGCAAUGUGUACCACCGACCAGAUGCAGCAGUACGGAAGGUCAUCUUUCCUCCGGAAUUCGUCCACGAACCAUACAAUCUGGUCUGGACCGACUGGUUGGUGUCGAUACAGGCCCAUCAGAUGGUUGAAUUUGACAGUCCGAUCCCUCAAUGCUUCUACGACCGAAUGGUCCGGUAUGUCCAGGCCAUGUCCAAGGCACAGUUGGGUAUGGUCUUUCCAAUUCCGGCUGAAGGGUGGCUAUCUUCUGGCGAAAUGGAUCCUGCUGAAGAGGAUUUUGGGCAGCAAGUGCCAGAUGCCUAUCCUCAUGCACCACAAGUCCAUGGAAACCAAUUCGGGAGGGCUUACCCCCCAGCACCGGACGCUGACGACUAUGAACCAUUCGCAUAUUCUGCUGCGAAUGCUUAUGGUGGUCCACCAGCUGCAGUGGUUGCAGGGCUGAAUGAUGCCGAUGCCUAUGGUGGUCCACCAACUGCCGUUGUCGCUGGUCUGAAUGACGUUCGUUACGGCGGUCCUCCAGCUGCAGUAGUUGCGGGGCUGGAUAUUGAUAUGCAGGAUACUGACAUGCCGGAUGUUGAGAUGCAGGACGUUGGUCCUGCUAACCAUCCAUUUUCCCACCUGCCCUUUGGGCCCCAGCCGACCACCGGGCACAAUGAUUUCGACCCUGCUGCAAGUCCAGACGAAUAUGGCACCAGCCCUGAAGCCACUCCAUCUCCGCCAGACACUUUCGACACAGCAACAACCUCGCCAAUAGAACCAUUCGAGGCUCACGCUCAAGCAGCAACCAUCAAAAACCUCGUUGACCGACUGCUACAGAAAGAGCAGGAACUCAACCAAAUCAAGGCAGAAAACGAAGCCUUUUCUGUCCAAGUCCAUGGUAUGAUUGCCAACUUGCGGGAGAAUAACAAUGGGCUUGAAGAUCAAUGCCAGGCUCUCUUUGCCGAAAACAAGGCACUAGCAUCUCGAUACCUAGCACUCGAGAAGGACAAUCAGUCGCUCUCCGAGGCCAACAAUGCUCUUCGACAGAACAUCAUGCGUCUCGAGCUCAAGACGAGUUCUCAGGAGUACAAUGCUGCCGCGAUGACAGAACUUCGCCGACAGAAGGAUGCCGAAAUCCUAAGUCUCGGGCGGCAGAUUAGGAAGCUCGAAACAAAGAAUCAAAACCUCGAAAAGGAGCUGGAUGGGGCAAAGGAGGAAAAAUGCGACGCUUGGGCCGAGGCUUCCAAGAUGGAAGACGAACGUGACGAGAAAGCCGCUCGUGUCGAAGAACUCGCGAAGGAGCUCCAUGAGACGAAGGCGAAGCUAUGCGACGCAUGGACAGAGACUUCGAAUACGGAAGAAGGUCGAGACUUUGAGAGAGCGCUGAAAGAGAAGGCAUUGCGUCACAUUGAGGAGACCACCCGCAAGCUGUCCGAAGGAAAUGGAAUGUAAAAGAGGCAGCCCGACUGCCAGAGAACGGCCGCCAGAGAACAGCAACCCGAAGUAUUGGAGCGGCUGACCAAAGGACAUACAGAGCCGUUGCGGCGAUAUCGAGCACUAGAGCAGGAACAUAUCACAGCUGUGUAUAGCAGCGAAGACCUGGAUGGUUGUCAGUCUGCAAAGGUCGAUUUGAUUUUGAAGGAAUAAAGAAGUUAAGAAAAAUUUCAACAAGAAGCACACAAGCAGUCCUGAAUGGAGACUGUGCUCAGCUGAGGAAGACUCUGGGCAUACAACAGAAGCUCAAAAGGGGCAGGAAGAAGAGGCUUGCUGAAGAAUCAAGUCCAAGGGUAUGUCAAUAUGGGAUAUGGGACAAAAUCAUCCCUUAGAAGCUGAGAGAGCUUGCACAGGAGAAUGAGGCAGGGCUGGAGAUUGUCGAGAAGUGCGAAGACCAUGAAUACAGCAAAGACAACAUGAUGAACGGAGCGAACCGGCACUGAUAGGAUGGCUCAAAGGCUCAAGGGCCGGGGAGAAUGAUAACAAACCAAGAUGGGGCUUGUGGGAGAUGGACCUGCUGUCGAUGGUGGGAAGUCGGGAUGCAGGAAUGGUUGGAAAAAGGAGAGUCUAAAGACGAAUGAAUGAGCGGCAUCAGUGGCUUUGACGUUAGUCUCGGAGCAUCAGGAUCGAGUUGAGCAUGAGUCUGAGCUUGUUGCAUCUGGGAUUCUGGUUGGGGGUGUUGUCUGGAUGAUUGAGCAUUGAUAUUUCCUGGAAGAAGGAAAUGCAUAAACAAAAUGA